GGAUGAGAGCAGACCUGUAGAGCAUUCGAGUGCGCCCCUUCCUUCGGAACACAUCAAUUCCCUCCCAACUUAUUAUCCGGGUGAGCAGUACCGGGAUUACUCUUCGUAUUUCCCUGUCCAGUGAAGCAAUCGGCAAUAACUGCUCCGCCGACUCAUCUAGGUAACUGCACGACAAACCAGGCAGUUGAUAUGCCGCGUGCCAGGUGUAGUGACGAGCUCUCUACUAUGCACUCGAAGACGACCAAGCCCAACAAUAAUGCUGAGCUGCCUGUUAUGGACGCUGAAGAAUAUCGGAAAUGGGGGAAACGCAUCGUGGACGAGGUGGCCUCCUACCUCACGAACAUCCGAGAGCGGAGAGUCCUACCGGACGUCAAGCCCGGUUACAUGAGGUCCCUCGUUCCCGAUCACGCUCCCGAGGACCCUGAGCCCUUCACGAACAUCUACACGGAUGUAGAGGAUGUCAUUAUGCCUGGUAUGAUGCACUGGCAAAGCCCCCACAACCACGCCUACUUCCCAGCUCUGCUCAGUUACCCUUCCAUGUUAGCAGAUAUGGUUGCAAAUUCCAUCAAUUGCAUAGGUUUUACGUGGGCAUCCUCGCCCGCUGCUACAGAACUGGAAAUGAUCGUGAUGGACUGGCUGGCUAAAAUGAUAGAUCUCCCCGAACACUUCUUGCACAGCAACAAAGAAUCUCAUGGUGGCGGCGUCAUUCAGACCACAGCAUCAGAGGCUACCUUUGUAAGUGUGCUCGCGGCAAGAACAGAAGCCAUCGGGAAAGUUUUGGCUGAAUUGGGGGUACUCGGUGACCCUGCGCGAGAAGAGGCUGCGAAAUACGACACCUUCUCAAGGCUCGUGGCAUAUUGUAGCAAUCAGGCUCAUUCGUCCGUGGAAAAGGCUGGGCUAAUAGGCUUCGUCAGGCUAAGACUGGUGGACUCCGACGAGAACCUUUCGAUGCGACCCGACGAACUUGUGAGAUUGAUCGAAGAGGACAGGAAAGAAGGAUACAUCCCUUUCUAUGUAUGUGCUACGCUUGGGACAACCGGAUCAUGCUCUUUCGACAACUUAGAAGAAAUCGGUCCUAUCUGCAAGGAGAAUGACAUGUGGCUUCAUGUGGAUGCAGCCUACGCUGGGGCAGCUUUCAUUUGCCCCGAAUUCCGGAUUUUCAUGAAGGGCAUAGAAUGGGCGCACUCAAUAGCCUUCAAUCCUUCCAAAUGGCUUAUGGUUCACUUUGACUGCACCGCCAUGUGGGUGAAAGACAGCCAGGCACUCCAUCGUUCUUUCAACGUAGAUCCAAUCUACCUCCAACACGAGAAUACAGGCCUUGCUAUCGAUUUCAUGCAUUGGCAGGUGGGACUGAGCAAACGGUUCCGAUCCCUGAAACUCUGGUGGGUCAUUCGAAGUUUCGGUGUCAAGGGGUUGCAGAAGAACAUACGAGAGAACGUCCGACUGGCAGCCAAAUUCGAAGCUUUCGUGAGAUCUGACCCCAGGUUCGAGAUCCCAGCAGCCCGACACUUGGGCUUGGUCGUCUUCAGGCUGAAGGGUGAGAACGAACUGACGGAAAAGCUUCUGAAGAAGAUGAACUCCGAGGGCAAAGUUCACUGCGUCCCUGCUUCCCUCAAGGGGAAAUACGUCAUAAGAUUCUGUGUUACUUCUCAGUACACCACAGUCGAAGAUCUGACUCGGGACUGGAGUAUCAUCAGGACCACAGCUUCCGAGAUUCUCUCUCAGACGCCAGCAGAAGAACACAGAACUCGAGUCUUUCUCAAGGACACUCGCAAGAACCCAGACUUUGGCACCUCGCUGUUGUUGGCCAAUUCGCCAAUGUCCCCCAAAAUCGUCAACGGAUCAUUCGCUGCCAUCUUUGACAACAGCGACGUCCUCUUCGAAUUCGCUAAGAAGUUGCAGCAACUCAAACUGGAUGUCCAAGAUUCGCCCGGGAAAGCAAUGCGGCGACGAAUCAAGGGGAUGCUGAUGGCUGGAAAGCAGUAUUCCCUGGACUCUAGGAUGGAUCUGGUCACGACGCUGGUCAGCUCGACCAAGACGGCCAACGGGAUGCCCACCAUGCGGGAGAACAGCAUGGAGGCGCAGGAGUAUUACGAGCGUGGCGAAAUGCUGGAUUCAGCUGUCCAGACCGACGACAUCUGCAGUCCCGGAAGCCGACGACGUUCCAAGAGCGUAGACGACGGAAUAUCCGUCCCUGACCUGAAGGGGGUCACCCUUGACGACUCCAUCAACGAGGCCGACCUGGAGGACGAGUCCUCCUCCUCCUCCCCCUCGCCAGAGGCCGAAACUCGACACUCGACUCGCCAGAUGAACGGGAGAAGCAAUUCCUGCCAUCAAUGCGGGGCAACGAUUCCAACUAUGUAAAAGAGGAUGGUGAAGGGCGUGAGCAGACGACUCUUCUUCAUUCAGAGGUCUUCUUAAGAGGCUUUCUCGGAUGGAAGAUAGGAAGAAAAAGAGCAAGAACAAGAACGAGGAGAAGGAGGAGAAGGAGAAGGAGAAGGAGAAGAUGAAGAACUGAGGGGCAGUAGAAUGGGGAAGGGGGUAAUGAGUGAUCAUCACGUCGUCAUGUGAUUGGACAUUUAUAUUUUCGAAGCAAUUGGUGUUUAUGAGAGCGACCGAUGAGGUCAUAUCUUUAUCAUGGUAUCUUUUAAAAUUUCCAUAUUUACCGUCGUAACAUUCUCAACUCUUAUAGGAAUUUGCGUUGGUAAUUGGCAAGUACUUGAUCAAACUCGUUAAGUUUGGGGAUUCCUUGCUAUGCUGGACAAAAGAGAUAUAUUCCCGAAUUUCGGAAUGAACUUUGCCAGGUCUCAUAGACCUAGUAUGAUGUUGCAGAAGUUGCUUGUAUUAUUUCCGUUCAUUCAAGCGAUAAAAAUGAAACAUUGCAAAUCUUUAGCAAUUCACAUCUUAUUCCAGAUCUCCAAUAUUCCUCAGUAAAAACAUAUAUACCUAAUUUAUAUCGUCUCCAUAGAUGCAUAAUAGUAUUCCCAUAUCAUUUGCCCCGUAUCUCUUAUUAAUAGUUGUGUUAUGUGAGCAGAAAAGUAUUAGGGCAAAUAUUCUUCUACUUACUUUUAUGUCCUAUAAAGCGCUUAUUGCACUGACAUUAAUAUAAGCACAGAGGAAAUAAAGCAGGAAUUAUAAAACUAUAUUAUAUUGUAAAAAUGCGACAAAAAUAUUUUCCAAGACGAAUGUCAUUAUCAUUAUUACUAUUGUUAUAUAUUAGGAGGAGGAG